GUGUACGGUAGAAACUACUACCGCCCUGACCAGUAUGUCUCCAAGAGCGUGAUGGAGAAACGUGCCUUGCCUUACAUUCAGGGAGAACUGCUCCGGCUUCACACCAACAACGCUCAGAUGCUCCCUGAUGAAUCAGAGCUUGAUUUCCUCAAGUUGUGUCAGCAGUUGCCUGAAUACGGCGUGUUCUUCCACCGCGUGAUGCGAGAGAAGAAGCCCUUAGAAGGAGAGAUCAUCCUUGGGGUUUGUGUCAAAGGAGUCAUCGUCUACGAGGUUAAAGAUGGCUGCCGAUCCACCAGUCAGAUGUUCUACUGGAGGGAGACAGCAACCAUCUCCUCUAAUAGGCGUAAGUUCACGGUGGAGAGCCGGGGCAGCAAGAAGAAGUACAACUUCAUCACGGAGAGAUCGAAGAUAGCCACGUAUCUUUGUAACCUCUGUUCAGCUCAACACAAGUUCAACAAUGAGAUGAACUCUCGCCAGAUCAGCCAAAGCCUGGUCUCAG